AUGGGAUUUUUGAAGACUUGUGUGUUUAGAAGAAGUGCAUACACUGCGGUUUGCCUUUGGAGAAGCCAAGUUGUACAAAAGCCUUCAGUUCGAAAAAUUAGUACUACCUCUCCAAGAAGCACUGUCAUGCCUGCUUGGGUGAUUGAUAAAUAUGGGAGUAAUGAAGUGCUUCGAUUUACCCAGAACAUGAUGAUACCAAUGAUUCACUAUCCAAAUGAAGUCAUUAUCAAAGUUCACGCUGCAAGUAUAAAUCCUAUAGAUGUUAAUAUGAGAAGUGGUUAUGGAGCCACAGCUUUAAAUAUGAAACGUGAUCCUUUACAUGUUAAAAUCAAAGGAGAAGAAUUUCCUCUGACUCUGGGUCGGGAUGUGUCUGGUGUGGUGAUGGAGUGUGGACUUGAUGUCAGGUACUUCAAACCUGGAGAUGAGGUCUGGGCUGCAGUUCCUCCCUGGAAACAAGGCACUCUGUCAGAAUUCGUUGUUGUCAGUGGGAAUGAGGUCUCUCACAAGCCCAGAUCACUCACUCAUACUCAAGCCGCCUCCUUGCCGUACGUGGCUCUCACAGCGUGGUCUGCCAUAAACAAGGUUGGUGGCCUGAACGACAAGAAUUGCACAGGAAAACGUGUUUUAAUCCUGGGAGCUUCAGGUGGAGUUGGUACUUUUGCUAUACAGGUGAUGAAAGCAUGGGAUGCUCAUGUGACAGCAGUCUGCUCCCAGGAUGCCAGUGAACUUGUGAGGAAGCUUGGGGCAGAUGAUGUGAUCGAUUACAAAUCCGGAAAUGUGGAAGAGCAGUUGAAAUCUUCAAAGCCGUUUGACUUUAUCCUCGACAGUGUUGGCGGAUCUACCGAAGCGUGGGCUCUGAACUUUCUCAGGAAGUGGUCGGGAGCCACGUAUGUGACCCUGGUGACCCCUUUCCUGCUGAACGUGGACCGCUUGGGCAUCGCGGACGGCAUGCUGCAGACAGGCGUCACCGUGGGCUCUAAGACGCUGAAGCAUUUCUGGCAAGGAGUCCAUUAUCGCUGGGCCUUCUUCAUGGCCAGCGGUCCAUGUCUAGAUGACAUUGCGGAACUGGUGGAGGCAGGGAAGAUUCAGCCAGUUAUUGAAAAAACCUUUCCAUUUUCUAAAGUUCCAGAAGCCUUCCUGAAGGUAGAAAGGGGACACGCACGAGGAAAGACCGUCAUUAACGUUGUUUAA